UUCGGUUCGAUUUAAGGAAGACUUAACAGCUCUAAUAAAAAAGGGCAACGUUUCAUAGUUUUGGCUGGUCGUUGUGAAUGAGUCCAUAUGUAUAAGCAGGAAGCAGAACUCCUGACAGUCUAAAUGCAGGGCAUCGUUACUCCUGACGGCUCCGCACAGCUGUGACGUCCUCUAUUGUGAUCAAACGUCACUUUCUGAAGUUGCCACGACUGCACAGCUGCAUGAUGUGGAAGUUGUUGAGCUGCACACUGUGCUUCUUUAUGUCUUCACAACUCAGUUUCUGGUCCGUUUGGGCCGCAGCAGCUGAGCUGGACGACGUGAAGGUUGAAGUUGUGUUUAAACCGGAGGAGUGCACUCAGAGGAGCAAGAGAGGAGAUCUGAUCAACGCUCACUAUGAUGGGUAUCUCGCCAAAGAUGGUUCCCAGUUUUACUGCAGUCGGACAGACAAAGCUGGCCACCCUCAGUGGUUUGUGCUUGGUGUUGGACAGGUCAUCAAGGGCCUAGAUCUUGGGAUGGUGGAUAUGUGUGUUGGAGAGAAACGAAAAGUUACUAUUCCAUCAGCCCUGGCAUUUGGUGAAAAAGGCAAAGGUCCAGUGCCACCAAAUGCUACUGUGGUUUUUGAGGUGGAGGUGCUCUCUGUGUCCAGAGGGCCACGCAGCAUGGAGGCCUUUGGACGGGUAGACCUUGACAAAGACAGAAUGCUCACGAAGGCAGAGAUUAAAGAAUACUUGAAACUGGAGUAUGAAAAGGAUGGGAAGCCACGCGAUGAUCCGUUCUAUGAGAAGAUUAUUGCUGAUAUAUUCCGCAAGAGUGACGGUGACAGAGAUGGGCUGAUCAGUGCAAAGGAGUAUAAUAUUUAUGGACAUGAUGAGCUUUAGUGUCGAAGGAAGCGGAUGCUGUUCAUUUGGUGUUCAUGUACUUUGAUAACCUGGAGGGAAAACAGAAAGAAGCAGUGAAACUAAAGGGAAUAAACAUCCAACCACAUUUACACUGUCAGCGGUAUGUUUUCAUUAGUCAAACCACCUUCUCUCCACAUGCCUCACCACUUCUGCAGUUCGUGUUCCAGACUGUGGAAACUUGUAUUCAGGAUUCUGGAAGUUGCCAUGGAAAUACAACAAUGUCCUCCACCUAUGUAUGUGUGCGAGCGGAGAAAUAACUGAUUACUGUUUUUUUAUACUCAUUUGAGUCAUACUUAGAUAUUUCAGAUACAGCAUUAAUACUAUCAAUAGUUAGUUUUCAAAGGUUUAAGUAAGGUCAUCUUUGAGAAGUGUGUAAAUCUUUACUCAUGAGCUAAUACCACUGAAUCUAAACAAAUACGACAAAAGACUGCAGAAUGAGCUGAAAUCUGAGGCUGUGAAACUGUAACAUGACUGUCACGUGAAAUAUUGGUUAAACAACGUUCCUGAUUCCCCCUGAAUUUUCUGCCCUAUAAUCUUAAAGGUGCAGUGUGUACCAAAAUAAAAGGUCCCUGACAGAAAAAAUUAAUGUAUCAUUUAAAACUGUGUUUCUAUUAGUAUCUAAUCAUUGUACUUAAAUAAUGUUUUUAUUCUCUUACAAUGAGCCACUUGUAUCUAUUUACCGUGGGUUCACAUACAUGGCAGUAGCCGUGUUUGUGUCACUAUUUUUACUACGGCAUCUCUGAAUGGACAAACAACUGUGUGUGAAGUGAGAACCCUCUGAGCUUUAGAACCUUAAUUCCAGCUUUGUUUGAUAGGUGCAAGAGCAUUGUUGAGGAUAGAAGAAGGCAGUACAGAUAUACACAAUAUUAAAGUCGUUACCUGUAGCGCAGUCCGCCUGAGGCCACUGGAUCCACUCGCAGAUGAAAACAUGUUCAUGUCUGGAAGAAUUUUGACCACUGACGUCUGCUGUACAUUCACUCUGAUGCUUGGUGUUUUAAAUAAUUUCUAUACCCAUCUUUACCACUAGAUGUCAGCAAUUCUUACACACUGUACCUUUAAGCAUCUCGUCAGUAUUGACAGAUAACAGUAGUAUACAGUUAUAAAAUAUAUAACUAAUAAAAUAUAACUGCAAUAAGAUUUUUGAGGCCAUUUCAUCUUUAGGAACAUUUGUCAGACAGGAUCUCCAGAAUGAAUUGUAAAAUGAAUAAAAUGUGAGAUGUUUUGAUAUUAAUUAUAUCUAUAUAUAUCUAUAUAAAAUGAUAUUAAUUUUUUUAUGUGAUUGCAACCAUGGAUUUCUAAUUAUUGUACCAAGAUAAGAAAAAAGACUAUGUCCACUCUCCUUCAAGCUGAACCUACUAGACCAGUGAGCAAUGGUCAGAAGGCAAAUGUUCAACAAUCUGCAGAACAUGAUUUUCAAACCUGAAACUAUGAGUAAUUUCUUAUUUAAUUCUGUUAUUACAUUUUGUUUUGGGAUCAUCAUUUCGGCAUGGCGGCUGUCUGAUCUUAACAAACACUGACUCAUUGAUAGAGGGAAGGGUUGUGAUCUUCAGUGGAAAAAUACACAGGAAAAAGAAAUGAUCCCCUCUCAACAGUUCUAAGGUUGAUUUAUUCAGGACAGCUUAAAAAAUAUCCAGUCUUUACCAGGUUUUAAAAUCAGAUAUAUACAAUCUCACACAAAUAAUAGCACCUGCCAUACUACAACAUAUUUUUAUUUAUUUAACAGACACUAAGACAAAAUGUAGACGUGUGUGGUCAACUUGUUCUUGAAGUCUUGUGGUUUGUUCAGACGCAACUUUGCACACCUAAGCUGUGCUGCCAUGUUCUUUUAGCUAUAUUUGUUCAGUCUUUUCCUAACUGAACCGUCAAUCUCUAAUAUUUAACAAGCAAACUGAGGCCCGGAGAGUCUGAGAUGAAUCCUUUUGGGGUUUUUUUAGUUUCUUUGACUAGGGUCGUGGUCUGACCCUAGUCCGAAUUUGGAGGGACAUCAAUUCCUGGGAAGAUUUUAAAUUAUUUUCAUGUUUUCCACUUGUAGGACAUUUUGGAAAUGCUUCUCAUUGCUGAUGUCUUUCCUCCAUGGCAUCGUGUAAAAAGACACGUGAAUGCUGCAGACCAGCAAACUACUAAAACAUCUGCAGAGGUGCUUAUACCAAUAAUAGUAGACUGCAUAUGAUCCGUAGCCCUGACUGCUCUGUAUCACGUUCAUUUGUAUGAAAGCAGUGAGGAUAAACUCACAACUUUUUUGGGGGUGUUUUUCUUAA